GAGUGCCGGGAAGAUUGAAGAGCGGGUUCAGUCUGUACUGAGCAGCGCGCGGAGCUGAGCAGAGUUGUAGGUUUGUGAGAAAAACACCAGACAGAGUCUUGAUUAAUUUUUCUAGCCGCUGUGUUGGUAAUAUCUGCUCUUGCCAUGGCUACCCCUCCUAAGAGAAUGUGCUCCAGCCCUGUUUUCAACAACAGCUUCGAGAAGAGAGUCAAGAAGAUCUCAAUCGAGGGAAACAUUGCUGCUGGGAAAUCGACUUUUGUGCGGCUGCUGGAAAGAGAGUCAGAUGAAUUCGAAGUCAUACCGGAACCCAUUGGGAAGUGGUGCAAUGUUCAGACUACAGAGAAUGAAUAUGAGGAGCUCAGCACAUCCCAGAAGAGUGGAGGCAACCUGCUGCAGAUGUUGUAUGACAAGCCCAGCCGCUGGUCCUACACCUUCCAGAGCUAUGCUUGUCUGAGUCGUGUUCGUGCCCAGCUUCAGCCCCCAUCUGCCAAGCUGCAACUGGCAGAGAAACCAAUCCAGUUCUUUGAGCGCUCUGUCUACAGUGACAGAUAUAUCUUUGCUUCAAAUCUCUUUGAGUCUGGAAAUUUGAAUGAGACUGAGUGGGCCAUCUACCAGGACUGGCAUGGCUGGCUCCUCUCUCAGUUUGAGUCUGAGAUUGAGCUUGAUGCAAUGAUCUACCUGCGAGCAGAUCCUGAGAGAUGUAUGCAGCGUCUUAAAUUGCGAGGACGAGAGGAAGAACUGGGCAUUCCUCUGGAAUACUUGGAGCAACUUCAUUAUAAGCAUGAAUGCUGGCUCUAUAACAGAACUACACAGCUUGAUUUUGAGUACUUGAAGGAUCUCCCCAUUCUGGUUCUGGAGGUUAAUGACGACUUCAAAAAUGACAGAAUUAAACAGCAGGGAGUGAUGGACAAGGUGAAGGAGUUCCUGAGUACAUUGUGACCUGCUACAGUCAAGCUCUCACUUCACUGGACACCUUGUUUUGCUAAUAGGUCACCCUUUUUAAUACAUUUUAUUUAACUUAAAUAUACCUCAUUCAACUCUGGAGGGGUACAUUGUAUUGUUUAAGUAUUGCAUAUGAGGUGUUAUAAAUUUAAAGGCAUAUACAGUGUCAACUGCCAAAAUUCCAUUAGGCAUAAAACAACCAGAGCUUUUAACCUGACCUUUUUAAUACUUGAUCAUCAAUACAGCAGUUUUGUUGCUGAACUUUCUGAUUGUAAUUCUUGUGAUAAAUUGUUUGCUUAAGCCGAUAGCAAGCGAGUGUCCCAUGUGAUUUUGGUGCUGUUGCUUUUAUUUGUAAAUAUGUAUUUAUGUAAAUUGCAUUAAAUGGUGUUUUACAGUGUUUGUGAGUUCUUAUGUUAUUUUAAAAAGCUUUGUUUUCUCUUUAUUUUAAGAGUUUUUUUUUCCUCCUUACAAAGGCCUUACAGAUA